AUGCCUCCAAAGAAAGCUGCACGCCCCGCCCAGGAGAACAUCUCCCUCGGCCCCCAAGUCAGAGAUGGAGAGCUUGUUUUCGGCGUUGCCAGAAUCUUCGCAUCCUUCAACGAUACCUUCGUCCAUGUCACCGAUCUCAGUGGCCGCGAAACCAUCACUCGUGUCACCGGCGGCAUGAAGGUCAAGGCAGACCGUGACGAGUCUUCUCCCUACGCUGCUAUGCUGGCUGCUCAAGACGUCGCUACUCGAUGCAAGGAAUUGGGCAUCAACGCUCUCCACAUCAAGAUUCGUGCUACUGGAGGUAACGGCACCAAAACCCCAGGUCCAGGCGCCCAGUCUGCUCUCCGUGCUCUCGCUCGUUCCGGCAUGAAGAUUGGCAGAAUUGAGGAUGUUACUCCCACUCCAUCCGAUUCCACUCGCCGCAAGGGUGGCCGCCGUGGCCGUCGUCUCUAGAUUACUCGCGGGAUGGUGUUUACAUGGCUUGGGUUUCACUG